AUGGAGAAAUACUCGCAGUUCAGAGAUCGAGGCUCGGGGAUUGCACCAUUCUUCCCCAUACCUACACAAUCCUCCGGGAUCUAUCUGCCCUUCCACCUCUUCUUACUCCUCAUCCGGCUGCCAAUACUUCUCACGGCUACCUUGAGUUACUUCUUCGUGCUACAAUGGCUGCCGAUUGGAUCUUUGGGGAAGAAAGCGUCGCUGUGGCUCAUACUUGGUGCACCGGGAGUCUGGUGGAUCGAUCUUCAAAUUGACGGUGUCAAGAAGGGCUCUCUCGCCAAACACCACGAGGCACGACUGCCGCAACCAGGCUCCAUUAUUGCCUGUUCCUAUACCUCCCCGCUUGACUCUCUGUACCUCGCCGCCAUCUUCGAUCCUGUCUUUACGGCCUCAUACCCAUCAACCCGUCUUGUGCAUCGCAUUUCAUUGUUCCAUGCUAUGUUUCGCGCCUUCCAAUAUCCAGGACUUGAACCGCCGAAGAAUGAAAAACUUACAGAUUUGCAGACCCUCAUAAAGCAGUACCCAGGCCAGGCUAUUGUGGUCUACCCUGAGUGCACGACGACCAAUGGGCGAGGCAUCCUUCCAUUCAGCCCAUCACUUCUCACGGCACCUCCUGAAGCCAAGAUCUUCCCAAUAAGCCUUCGAUACACUGCAGGAGACAUCACGACGCCUGUCCCGGGCUCAUACGUCUCGUUUGUUUGGAACCUCUUGAGUAAACCAACUCAUUGCAUACGCGUGAGGAUUGCUGAAAGUGCCCACAACACUUCCCAGUCGCCAGCGACUAGAAACUCGACCAGUCAAACCGAAAGAGAGAUGCUGUAUGACGACAGAGCGAGCAGUUCGGAUACAUUGCUCAACUCGGAAGACGCCGAGAGUAUGAACGCAGCGGAAAAGCGAGUUUUGGACAAGGUCGCUGAGGCAUUGGCGAGAUUGGGGAGGGUGAAACGAGUAGGCCUUGGCCUCAAGGAUAAGGAUGAAUUCGUCAAGGUUUGGACCAAGCAGCGGCGGUGA